AUGCUUAUCUAUCUAUCUAUCUAUCUAUCUAUCUAUCUUUGUGUAUUCAUAUCUAUCUAUUUAUCUAUCUAUCUAUCAAUCUUUGUGUAUUCAUAUCUAUCUAUCUAUCUCUGUGUAUUCAUAUCUAUCUAUCUAUCUAUCUUUGUGUAUUCAUAUCUAUAUAUCUAUCUAUCUAUCUAUCUAUCUCUGUGUAUUCAUAUCUAUCUAUCUAUCUUUGUGUAUUCAUAUUUAUCUAUCAAUCUAUCUAUCUAUCUUUGUGUAUUCAUAUCUGUCUAUCAAUCUAUCUUUGUGUAUUCAUAUCUAUCUAUCUAUCUAUCUCAGUUCUUUUCAUAUCUAUCUAUCUAUCUUUGUGUAUUCAUAUCUAUCUAUCAAUCUAUCUAUCUUAGUGUAUUCAUAUCUAUCUAUCUCUCUCUCUCUAUCUAUCUAUCUAUCUAUCUAUCUAUCUAUCUAUCUAUCUAUCUCUGUGUAUUCAUAUCUAUCUAUUUAUCUAUAUAUCUGUUUAAGUGUGUUCAUAUCUAUCUAUCUAUCUAUCUAUCUAUUAGACUGUCCCAAUUUUCUUCAUAUCUGUCUAUCGAAAUUUCUUCAUAUCUAUCUAUUUCUUCAUAUCUUCAUAUCUAUCUAUCUAUCUAUCUAUCUAUCUCACCUGUUCAUGUAUUUAUCUGUUUAUAUCUAUCUCGGUCUGUUCAUAUCUAUCUACCUACCUACCUAUCUAUCUAUCUAGCCCCUAUCUAUCUAUCUAUCUAUCUAUCUAUCUAUCUAUCUAUCUAUCUAUCUAUCUAUCUCAGCCUAUUCAUUAUCUGUCCCAAUCUGUCUUUCAAUUUCAUCUGA